AGCAAACAGGGAAAAGAACACAACCCAACCCACCACAAAGUUGCCGCUUCCGCCUCUGAUAGACCCUGACACUCAAAUUCAUUUAUCAUUUAUUCUUCUAACAGAGCUCAAGCCCUUGUCACUUCUCUCGUAGCCUUAUCAGCGCAUUCAUCAAGCAUCAAAAUGACCCAGCACAUUACCGACAAGAGCGACUUUAAUAAGAAGCUGGAUGAAGCUGGCUCGAAGUUAGUCAUUGUAGAUUUUCACGCAACUUGGUGUGGCCCUUGCAAGAUGAUUGCCCCUCUUCUUGAGACUCUGGCUGAGAAUCCCAACCUGGUGGUCCUGAAGGUUGACGUUGACGAAUGUGAAGACUUGGCUGCUGAGUACAACAUCAGUGCCAUGCCUACUUUCAUUUUCAUCAAGAACAAGGUCAAAGUCGACACCCUCACUGGGGCCAACCCUGAUAAACUCAAAAAUCUCGCUAACAGUUUACAGUAAAACUUCAUCAGAACCUCUUAGGCUUCUUGUACUCAGCAAAGCCCACUGAUUUAAUUAAUUAUCUUACUUGUUACACAAUAUACACGAUGAAAAAAUUUGGGUCCUUCCACGGUGGAGUUUGUUAAUUUGCACGAGGGUGUUUCAAACUACAAGUUCAGGAGAGAAAGUAUGAGUUGGUGUGAUUCAUAUAAAACUCUGCUGUUAACUUUCUAUUCUUUGAAAUAAAAACUCUUGAAAUAUUAUAUUAUUACCACUUGUAAAUCCAUCAAGGUGCAAGAAGUUUUUUUCCGUAAAUCUGAACUUAUUUGAUUGUUAACCACGAAAAUAAAACUUUUUGGGAUAAAUAAA